AUGGCUCGAUCCACCCGGAACACAAAGGCGAAGGCUGCCCCCGCCAAAGGACGCACCGACCGUGACGACCUCGUGCAAUCGUCCGCCGCCAAGCCGGGUUCGUCGUCCAACUUCCGUGCCCGCCUUCGUGGAGAGGAGCCUGUGCGUGAGGCUACGCCCAAGGCCGAGGCACCUAUCGAAGUCGACGCCAUGGAGGAGGUCUCGCAUGACCUGCGGGCCAGUUUCGACCUGAUCCCGAACAUUGGUUCGUCCAGCAGAGUGAUGAAGCCCCCAAAGAAGUCGCGCAAGGUGCACGAGGCAGUCACACAGCUCAAAGAGCUGUUCGCCAAGUACGGCCUUGACAUUUACACCAAGGGUGCCAACGACAUCAUGCAGGCCCAUGCCACCAUUGAUACUCGGGCGGAGCAGCUGUCGCUCGACUCGUCCCAUUUUAUCACCAAGUCUGAGGAACUGUACUCCAAAAUGACAACCCCUCUUUCUUCCACCCGCUGCCACGGAAAUGAAACUGCACGCGCCAGAAUUGACUCGCACCUGGCCUCCCUACGCACUGGGAUCCAGCAGGCCCAAAAAGAACUGGAAGUGUUGCAGGAGAAAUGGGACGAGGCUUUCGCCGAGGAGUGUGCCGCAUGGAAGGACUAUGACGACGUCCUAGCCAAGUACCAACAGCCUGAUCCCGAGCUGGAACAGGAGCUCGCCGAGAUGAAACAGCAAAUUCGCGCCAUCAACCAAGAGUAUGAAGACGAGAUGGAUAAGCUUGAGGCGAAGUACAAAGCAGACAUGCAGGCUGAGACACUCCGGAUUCUGCAGUCGUUUGAGUAA